AAAAAUGCGAUAAAUAAGAACAGCUUUAACGAGUACCAGUAACUUAAACUGAGCACAUGUAACAGUUAUCUUACACAUUUAACAGAAAAUUUAGUUAUCCAAGAACAUGUCUAUGCGACAUUUUAUCAAGUUUGGAAAACCAUAUUUACACACAAGAUCCUUGCUUAGAGGUAAUUCUGGAUUACAGACCUGCACACACGUUGCAAAGUCCACUGGAGUUCAAGAUGUAUCAAAGAGUGAUGGAAACAGCUUCAUUGGCAUGCCACAUAAUUAUGUGACAAAACUUGAGUUUCUGGAACCCAAAAUGGAAAACACAAUCCCUGUUUACCAAGUUUUGGAUAGUGAUGGUAAAAUUAUUGAUGAAACUCAAGAUCCCAAACUGAGUGAUGAAAUUGUGCUAAAGAUGUACAAAGACAUGAAAAUGUUAAACAUCAUGGAUGGGAUAAUGUACAGUGCUCAAAGACAAGGCCGUAUUUCAUUCUACAUGACCAACUAUGGGGAGGAAGCAGCUCAUAUUGGUAGUGCAGCUGCCUUAGAGAUGAAGGAUCUUGUAUUUGCUCAAUACAGAGAAGCAGGUGUUUUAAUGUGGAGAGGUUUUCGACUUGACCAAUUCAUGGACCAAUGUUAUGCCAAUAUUAAUGAUCCAGCAUCUGGAAAGCAAAUGCCUGUUCAUUAUGGAUCCAAAGAUCUAAACUUUGUUACUAUCAGCUCUCCUUUAGCAACACAAAUGCCACAGGCAGCUGGUGCUGCGUAUGCUCUGAAACGCACCAACCCAGGAACGUGUGUGAUUUGUUAUUUUGGUGAAGGUGCUGCAUCAGAAGGAGAUGCACAUGCUGCAUUCAACUUUGCCGCAACGUUAGACGCACCAUGCAUUUUCUUCUGUCGAAACAAUGGUUAUGCUAUUUCCACACCGGCUCAUGAGCAGUACAGGGGUGAUGGUAUUGCGUCGCGUGGGUCGGGGUACGGAAUGCUUACAAUACGCGUGGAUGGUAAUGACACUUUGGCGGUGUACAACGCAACACGAAAGGCUCGUCAGAUAGCCCUAGAAGAGAGCAGGCCUGUAUUGAUUGAGGCGAUGACUUAUAGAGUUGGUGAUCAUAGCACGAGCGAUGACAGUUCAACAUACAGAACAGCAGGGGAGCUUGAAUACUGGACUAAAACCAAUAACCCAGUCACCCGCUUUGAACGUUAUAUAACCAACGAACGUAACUGCUGGUCAGCAGAAGAAGACGAAAAGCUGUCAAAGGAUUGUUCCAAACAGGUAAUUGAGGCGUUCACUGCAGCAGAAAAGCGAUUAAAACCAUCGCCCUCUCUCGUGUUUACUGACGUAUAUGAUGAACUACCUGUCAAUUUGAAGAAACAGCAGAAACAAAUGCGUGAACACGUCGGCGCACAUAGCCAGCACUAUCCUCUCAAACGACACGAGCCACUGUGACGUAUUAAUCAUCCCUUUAUGACGUAGAAUACAGUCGCCAUGGUUUGGGGGUCGCUUUCAACUGUCACAUAUUUAUCCGCUAUGCAACUUUAACCACUCCAAAACACAAGAUAUUAUCAUCUUAUUAAAUUACGUUAUAAAAACCCAAAUCGCUUUCCUUUAAAAAACAUCAGCUCUCGAUCGCGUGGCUUAAUAACUAUUAUUGAGGUACAAAUAUAUUUCAAAACAAUACCAUUACAGUAUAGUUUUGGUAUCAAAGCCAUGUAACUUAUUUCCAAAUUGCUUUGUUCUUAUAGUUUGUCCAUACACAUUAUAGUGAGCUAUCUUUCUCUCUUAUCCUAAUGUACAUGGAAAAUAGAGUUCCCUCUCAAAUAUACACAACUUAUAACACGUCACCGCCAUUCCUUGCUGGUUUAUUAACCUUUUUCAAAAUUUCCUUCUUUAAACUGUAAAAA